AUGUGUUUGCAUGAUUAUGCAKAUGUGUUUAGCAAAUUCAAAGACAAUAGUACCGGUACAUUCAAGGAGUAUGUUAUGAGCGAUGUGAAGGGUAUGUUGGGAUUAUAUGAAUCGRCAUACUUGAGGCUACAAGGAGAAGAUAUCUUAGAUGAAGCUUUGGAAUUCACUSAGACUCGAUUAAAGRAAAUARCGUGCACGUUGAAGGGAAAUCUAGCACGACAAGUGAAUCAAGUCCUUAAGAGACCCUUCCAYAAUGGGAUGCCAAUGGUAGAAGCGAGGCUUUAUUUUAGCACAUACAAAGAAGAAUCUUYGAGUGAYGAAUCGAUAAUARAACUUGCUAAAGUCAAUUUCAACUAUUUGCAACUACUGCARAAGGAAGAACUACGUAUCGUCUCUCAGUGGUGGAAAGAUAUGAAAUUUCAAAGCUCGUUCCCUUACAUAAGAGAUCGAGUACCGGAGAUAUACCUAUGGAUUUUAGGGUUAUAUCUGGAGCCUUGUUACUCUCAGGCACGAAUCAUAGUGACCAAAAUCACCUUGUUCCUCGUGGUUUUAGAUGACACGUAUGAUGCAUACGCUACGAUUGACGAGAUCCGGAUUAUCACAGAUGCAAUAAAUACGUGGGAAAUUGGGGCGGUCGAUCAACUUCCUGAGUAUAUCAAACCGUUCUACAGAAUUCUUUUGAACGAGUACGAUAAACUUGAGAAAGAAUACACAAACGAAGGAAGAGCAUACAAUGUCCAUGCUUCAAAACAAGCAUUUCAAGAAAUAGCGAGGGGGUACCUUGAAGAAGCUGAGUGGUUACACAAAGGUUACGUGCCUACAUUUCCUGAGUAUAUGAAGAACGGGUUAAUUACUUCGGCCUACAACGUGAUUUCAAAAUCAGCAUUGGUGGGUAUGGGUGCAAUUGCGAAUGAAAACGCUCUUGCUUGGUAUGAAACGCAUCCGAAAAUUCUGAAAGCUUCCGAGUUAAUUUCAAGACUACAAGACGAUGUGAUGACCUUCCAGUUCGAGAGGAAACGAGGACAAUCAGUUACARGCGUCGAUGCUUAUAUAAAGGAAUACGAUGUAUCUGAAGAAGUGGCCAUKAAAGAGAUCAAGAAGAUUAUCGAAAAUGCAUGGAAAGAUAUAAACRAGGGGUGCCUGAAACCURUGGCGGUCUCAAGGGCUCUACWUACUCCUAUUCUCAAUCUUGCACGAAYGAUAGAUGUGGUAUACAAGUUCGGCGAUUGUUUCACCUUUCCGGGCAAAACCCUCAAAGACUAUAUUACUCUAUUGUUCAUUACUCCUCUCACAAACUAG